AUGCUCAUUUAAAUGCAGAGAUGUAUUCAAUAGCUCUUGAAGCAGAAAAUCAAAUCUACAAUGGCCAAGGGGUUCGCCAAGUACAAAGUCCAAGCAGUCAUUCUGCAAGCAGAGUUCAAUCACAGACCCAGGAGAGUGAAAUUGAUUGGUCCCACAAAACACCUGCGCUCUCACAGACAAGAACCGCAAUUAGGAUACGUUUUGAACAAAAUCACAAUUUUAUGCGUUCUGGAAUUGGAUCCUAUAAACUGUAUGAUGAAAUGUCGCAAAUAGGCCCAUCAACACCACCCUUAAAUCUGAGUGAUGGUUUGCCAACAACCAAUUUAAGGCUAAUUAUUAUCUUACUCAUACCAUCCGUGUUUCUUCUUCUGCUGUUGAACUGUUUGUUCCUGGGUUACAAGUUACACCUUUUUUCAAAGAACAACAGAAAAAGACAAGAGGACUACGAAAGUCUUUUACAGUCUACUCUCUCGACCCGCCAGAGAGUGACCAUAAUAUCAGAGGCGCCAUUGUUCCCAAAUCAAGAUGGGAAAAGAGCUUCUUAUAUCUCUGUUUCAGAGGCUAUUUUGGCACAGCCCUUGACCUCUUCAAAGGAGAGGGCAGUAGUGGAGCAGAGGAUCGGAUUCAUCCGUCCUGAUGGGGCCACAGGCGGUGGUAGCUCGGAGUCCCUGGGGACGCCGAGCGCCAUAUUGGCGACAACAGCCGAUACCACCUCCACGGUCGACCAGCCUCGUAGGUCACGCAUGGACAGUAGAAAUAACAUGGUCUGGCGCAGAAGCGCCCCUGUCCUACCGCAGUCAAGUGAUUCAGAGGCAGAACGGCCUAACCUUGUGCCACCCAAUUCACCUGCGCUAUAUGAUCCACACUCAAGGGUAACACCUGACCAGAGGCCCAUGCGUAGGUGCAGCACCAUGGAGCUGCAGGAUGUAUUGAAUAACACAGGGGAACACCAGUUUGAUAUGGUUGAAUUCGAAUGUGAAUAUGCCAGUAGCAUACCUCGAGAGACUUCAUGCUUUGUUGCAUCUGACAACUCUUCCACAGUGGGUCCUGGAUUGGACAGCGACUUUGGUGCAAGUGCAGGUGUCUCGCUCCGGAUUCUGUCCGCAGACAGCGACGGUCUCACCAACGGUGUGUGGGCCUCAGGAAUGGAGUGGGACUAUUACGACCCGUGCUACGUGAGGGAGAGAAACAUACCCAAACAAAAAGAUCACAAACCUGAAUUACAUACCAAGCAUUAUUGGGUAUGA